GUCCAAUGCUUCUGAAUUCACACCUGGCCUUCCUAUGGGUGUGGAUAGCAAUCGCGACCAUCACUUCAUUGCACACUCAUUCGGGCUUUCAUUUACCCCUUGGACUGUCCCCUCAAUUUCAUAACUACCAUCACUCACAUGUUAAUCAAAACUAUGGUGUUUUGGGAAUUAUGGACAGAAUUCAUAAGACGGACAAACUAUUUAUGAAGUCAAAGGAAAGUCGGAGACAUAAAUGGCUUUUGACUCUAAAACCAUCGCAAGAAAUCACCUCUAAAGACAUUUACAGAACCGUGAAAUCUGUUUUAGUCAACCAAUUGGUCAUAUAUUUGGGGUUUUACUUCUUGGCGUAUUCAACGCUAUUAAGACACGAAUACAAGAGCUGUCAAAUCAAUUACUGGCGACUUUUAUUGCAAUUCUUGUUUUGUGCGGCUAUUCAAGAGAUUGGCUUUUACUACACCCACAGGUCCACAGCUAUUGAGUUCACAUCUGGCCUUCUUAUGUCCGACUCAAAACUUUGGUACUUCUGGUCUUUUGGACAGUUUUCAUCAAACGGACACUCUUUUCAAGAAAUCAAAGGAAUCGCA